AUGAAUUUCUAUCAUGAUCAGACUGACUCACAAGAGAAUAAUGAUCAAAUUAUAGAUGAAGUAUUGGAAGAUAUAUCAGAAGUAUUGGAAACAAUAAUAUCUAUCUUAGACCAACAGACUGUUAUUGAAGAAAGAUGGAUAAUGUUAGCAAAUAUUAAAUAA